AUGAAGGCAACCAAGACCAUGAAGGCGAUGAAGGCUGCCAAGGCCAUGACCAAGGGGGGCAUCGUGAGUGAGCUGGCCUCGGCGACAGACAUGAAGAAGUCUGAGGUGUCGCAACUUCUUGGACAGCUCUCCGAAAUCGGAGCGAAGGAGGUAAAGGCAACCGGCAAGUUCGUGAUCCCGGGACUGUGCAUGAUCAAGACGCGCACGAAGCCAGCCACCAAGGCGGGCAAGCGGAUGAUGUUCGGCAAGGAGGUGGCCAUCAAGGCUCAGCCUGCGAAAACGGCAACCAAGACCAUGAAGGCGAUGAAGGCUGCCAAGGCCAUGACCAAGGGGGGCAUCGUGAGUGAGCUGGCCUCGGCGACAGACAUGAAGAAGUCUGAGGUGUCGCAACUUCUUGGACAGCUCUCCGAAAUCGGAGCGAAGGAGGUAAAGGCAACCGGCAAGUUCGUGAUCCCGGGACUGUGCAUGAUCAAGACGCGCACGAAGCCAGCCACCAAGGCGGGCAAGCGGAUGAUGUUCGGCAAGGAGGUGGCCAUCAAGGCUCAGCCUGCGAAAACGGUGGUCAAGGCAUUCGCAGUUUCAGCUCUGAAGAAGCAGAUCUAA